GUACGAUAGGCUUAACCGUUUCGUGCAAGAAGGAAGAUUCUGAAACAUUUUGGAAGGUUCAUGGUAAUAUUGAAGAAGACGGUCUUUUCACCAAUUUAGUUCAAAUGUUUAAUAGUGUCGAAAAUUGUAUAGUUAUCUGACUGCUCUAAUGUGAAAGUUACAAUGGCGGGUUCUAUCGAGAUACCACUGCGUGAUACAGAUGAGGUCAUAGAACUUUAUUUAGAUCAAUUACCAGAGGGAGAUGAAGUUCUGGGAAUUCUACGGCAAGAACAUGCCCAACUUAACAUCUGGGUUAAUUUGGCACUCGAGUAUUAUAAACAGCAAAAGAUCGAUGACUUCAUUAAGAUAUUGGAAUCUUCUCGUAUUGAUGCAAAUAUUGAUUACCGUGAUUAUGAAAAAGAUCAGAUGCGAGCUCUCGAUAUGUUGGCUGCCUAUUAUGUUCAGGAAGCCAACAAAGAAAAGAAUAAAGACAAAAAAAGAGAUCUUUUUACAAAAGCCACAUUAUUGUAUACAACAGCUGACAAAAUCAUUAUGUAUGAUCAGAAUCAUUUGCUUGGCCGAGCUUAUUUCUGUUUGCUCGAAGGCGACAAAAUGGACCAGGCUGACGCACAGUUCAAUUUCGUAUUAAAUCAAUCGCCGAAUAAUAUACCAUCUUUGCUUGGCAAAGCUUGUAUAGCUUUUAACAAAAAAGACUACAGAGGUGCUCUCGCAUUCUAUAAAAAAGCCCUCAGAACUAAUCCGAACUGUCCAGCCGCCGUUAGGUUGGGAAUGGGACAUUGUUUUAUGAAAUUAAAUAAUCAGGAGAAAGCUCGACUCGCAUUCGAGAGAGCUUUACAGUUGGAUGGACAAUGCGUCGGUGCACUAGUUGGCCUUUCUGUCUUAAAAUUAAAUCAGCAACAGCCUGAAAGCAUAAGAACCGGUGUGCAAAUGUUAUCGAAGGCGUACACGAUUGACUCGACAAAUCCCAUGGUGCUGAAUCAUUUAGCGAAUCAUUUUUUCUUCAAAAAAGAUUACAAUAAGGUCCAACAUUUAGCAUUGCACGCGUUUCAUAACACGGAGAAUGAAGCUAUGCGAGCAGAAAGCUGUUAUCAGCUAGCUAGAGCCUUUCACGUCCAAGGUGAUUACGAUCAGGCAUUCCAAUAUUAUUAUCAGGCGACACAAUUUGCUCCGCCUGUAUUUGUACUACCGCAUUUUGGCUUAGGCCAAAUGUACGUCUAUCGUGGUGAUGCAGAAAAUGCAGCCCAAUGUUUUGAAAAAGUCCUGAAAGCACAGCCAGGUAAUUACGAGACGAUGAAGAUACUUGGCUCACUUUAUGCUAACUCGAGUUCUCAAUCGAAACGAGAUAUUGCAAAAAAUCAUUUGCGUAAAGUAACGGAGCAGUUUCCCGAUGAUGUCGAAGCAUGGAUUGAGUUAGCCCAAAUCUUAGAACAAAGUGAUCUCAAUGCAGCUUUAAAUGCGUAUGGGACUGCAACCAGGAUUUUAAAAGAGAAAGUUCAAGCGGAUAUACCGCCAGAGAUUUUGAAUAAUGUGGGAGCAUUGCAUUACAGGCUCGGUAAUUUAGAAGAAGCUCGGCAAAAUCUAGAGGAAUCCCUAGCCCGGUCAAAAGCGGACGCCCUGCACGAUUCCGUGUAUUACAAUUCGAUAGCAGUAACUACGACAUAUAACUUAGCGCGACUUAAUGAGGCACUGUGCAUAUUCGAUCGAGCGGAGAAAUUGUACAAAGACAUUUUGAAGGAGCAUCCGAAUUACGUAGAUUGUUAUCUGAGGCUUGGUUGUAUGGCCAGAGACAAAGGACAAAUAUACGAGGCGUCCGAUUGGUUUAAAGACGCCUUGAGAAUCAAUAACGAACAUCCGGACGCCUGGUCACUGCUAGGUAAUUUACAUUUGGCCAAAAUGGAAUGGGGGCCUGGCCAGAAGAAGUUCGAAAGAAUUUUAAAAAAUCCGACAACAAGUACCGAUGCUUAUUCUUUGAUAGCGUUGGGAAAUAUUUGGCUACAGACAUUGCAUCAAAGUGGUAAAGAUAAGGAAAGGGAAAAACGACAUCAGGAUCGAGCAUUAGCUAUGUACAAACAGGUUCUGAGAAACGAUCCUAAGAACAUCUGGGCUUCCAAUGGCAUUGGCGCAGUGCUCGCGCACAAGGGUUGUGUAAACGAAGCUAGAGACAUAUUCGCUCAAGUGCGCGAAGCAACGGCAGAAUUUUGUGACGUUUGGCUGAAUAUUGCACAUAUCUAUGUGGAGCAGAAACAAUUCGUCAGUGCUAUUCAAAUGUACGAAAAUUGUUUGCGCAAGUUCUAUAAAUACCAUCACGUUGAAGUUCUGCAAUAUCUUGGAAGAGCUUAUUUUAAAGCCGGCAAGCUAAAGGAAUCAAAACUGACGUUGUUAAAAGCACGCCGAGUAGCUCCACAGGAUACCGUUUUGUUGUAUAACAUUGCUCUCGUACUCCAACGAUUGGCUACACAAAUUCUUAAAGAUGAAAAAUCGACUUUGACUACUGUACUUCAAGCGGUUCAUGAAUUGGGCCUUUCACACAAAUAUUUUCAAUAUUUAUCGGCGCAUGGCGACAGGAUGGAACAAUUAGCUGAAGGUGAAGCCAGGAGAUGUCAAGAUUUAUUAUCGCAAGCGCAAUAUCAUGUUGCUAGAGCUAGAAGAUUAGACGAGGAAGAGAAGAUGUUAAGGCGGAAGCAAGAAGAGGAAAGACAAGCCUUCAAAAUGCGUCAGACGGAAGAGCAACGCAAAUUGGAAGAGAUGCGUCGUCAGAAAGAGGAGGAGAUGUUGCAGAAGCGACAAGAAUACGUGGAGAAAACUAAGAACGCACUGGUAUUCGACGAAAUGCCAUCGGAGAAACCGGGUAAAAAGGGUAAAAGAACCCGAACUGAUCAGUAUGUCAGUGAUAGUGGAGGUUCUGACAGAGACGAAGGCAGAGAGGAAGUGCCGAAGGAAAGAAAGCGUAAAAGAAAACCUAGCGGUGAAACUAAGGAGAAGAGGAGCAAAGGUAAAGGAAGACGUAGAAAGGAUGCCGGAAGUGGCAACAGCGGAUCGGAUAGUGAUCAGCCGAAACGCAAGCGAGUCAAAAAGAACGCGGGGACUAAAAAAGAAAAAUCUGCGCGUAAAGGUGCGGUUGAGACUCUUAAAGGUAAAUUGGUUAAAUCGAAGGAAACUAUUUCGACGAGUGAGUCAGACAGCGAUACGGGUGGCCUUAAAAUCGCCAGCGGCGGUGAAAGCGGCAAUGAGAAUCAACCACGCAGCAGCAAACGAAUUGCAUCAGAUUCCGAAGGCUCCCGCGCUUCACGUUCGCGAUCACGUUCAAAAUCGAAAUCUAGAAGCCGUUCGAGAAGCAGUUCGCGUUCACGUUCGCGCUCUGCUUCCCGUUCGCGGUCGCCAUCUCGGUCUCGGUCUCGAUCUCGAUCUGUCUCUAGAUCUAGGUCCAGAAGUGUUUCGAGAUCAAGAAGUCGCUCAGCAUCCGGGUCAGCCAAAAGCAGGUCAAGAUCGAGGUCGGGUUCACGUAAGAGCGGCUCACGAUCAAGGUCUAACAGCGGCUCGCGAAGAAGUGGAUCAAAGCCAAGAUCAAGGUCGAGUUCGAGAAAGAGCGGUUCUAGGUCGAAGUCGCCGAGCGGUUCAAGGAAAGGUGUAUCACCAUCAAGGUCUCGAUCCAAAAGCGGCUCGCGUUCAGGCUCGGAGGAACGUCGAUCGAGAAGCAAGAGUCGAUCGCGAUCUAAAUCGAAGUCCGUCUCGAGAUCUAAGUCGAGAUCGAGAAGCGGCAGCAGAUCGCGAUCACGCUCCAGGUCGAAGAGCGGUUCCCGAAGCCGGAGUCCAAGUGGAUCGGCACGUUCUGCGUCCCCGGUAUCUAGAAAAUCAGUGUCAGGAAGCGGCGGUAGUGAUAGCGAAUAAAUCAGCUGUUCUUACAUUUGUAACAUGGUAUAUCACAGUGAAGAAAGUGAAAAGAUUACAAGUAAAAAACAUAUAUAAAUUUUAUAAAGAUCACUUUACGAAGUUCUUUUAACAUAAAUUUACAAGAUGUUUGAAAUUAUUAUUAUUUUUUUUAAUUUGCAAAACAGUAUUUUGAUGUGAUGCAAAUCGCUAAUAAUCAAAUAAUAUUUGAUUUAGUGAAAUCAGUACAGCACGAAUAAAAAAAUAAUUAUUUCUAUAUCAAAGAAAAACAAAAUUGUUACUUUUGAACAAUUUUUUUUGUCAAUUGAAACAUUAUUGUUGAUAUAUUAUUGAAUAGUGAAUAUAUCAUUAACGAAAAUGCAAGUACUGAAUGACCAAAUACUGUGAAGUUAAUUGCAAUUCCUCCGCACAAUUUAUUAGAUAUAUCGUUGAAUUUUUUUUCUAAUUUUCUUUAUCUCGAAAUGAUUUUAUUUCAUUUUUCCUUAUUAAUAGUAAUAAUAAUAGUAAUAAGACGAUAAUAAUAGUAAUGACUAUGUGUAUUAUCAUAUGCGUAUAUAUCACAGCACUGUGGCGAUAAAAAAAACAAUGUAUGAAAAAUUCAGAAUAAAAAAAUUUUAUUCAACGAUCAAGUAAAAAAGAAGUUUUAUAAUACAGUGCUAAAUAAAACAACGAGAUUACA